AAUGGCGCUGCCCCCGGCCGCCGCGCCCCCCGCCGGGGCCCGGGAGCCGCCGGGGCCCCGCGUCGCCGCCACCGAGCCGCCGCUCGGCCUGCAGCAGCUGUCGGCGCUGCGGCCGGAGCCGGGCGGGGUCCCGCUGCACUCGCCCUGGACCUUCUGGCUCGACAGAUCCCUCCCUGGUGCCACGGCAGCUGAGUGUGCAUCAAAUCUGAAGAAAAUCUACACAGUACAAACAGUACAGAUAUUCUGGAGUGUGUACAAUAAUAUCCCUCCGGUGACCAGCCUGCCUUUGAGAUGUAGUUAUCAUUUAAUGAGAGGAGAGAGGCGACCACUUUGGGAAGAGGAGAGUAAUGCAAAGGGUGGCGUAUGGAAGAUGAAAGUUCCCAAGGACAGCACGUCCACAGUUUGGAAAGAGUUGUUGUUAGCAACUAUCGGGGAACAGUUCACAGAUUGUGCCGCAGCAGAUGACGAAGUAAUAGGAGUUAGUGUCAGUGUUCGGGACCGAGAAGAUGUCGUCCAGGUCUGGAAUGUAAAUGCCUCCUUAGUCGGUGAAGCGACUGUUUUAGAAAAGAUCUAUGAACUUCUGCCCCACAUAACAUUUAAAGCAGUAUUUUAUAAACCCCAUGAAGAGCAUCAUGCUUUUGAAGGUGGACGUGGAAAACACUAAUUGCACUCUGUAAAGAAUUCUUUGUCCUUUGCUGAUUGGUUUUGGAAACGGUCUUAACAGGAGGGAGAGUGAAGAGAAGACAUGCCGAAGCCCGAUGCUGGUCAAUUUAGAGUGGGUUUCUGUCCUUGCAGAUUGGGCAAUUAGGACUCAAAGUGGCAGGUGGGGUGGGGGGGAGAUUGUGUGGGUUUCUACCGUCACAUUAUUUGCUUUAAAAAAAAAAUUUUUUUUUGGCUUUCUAAAUUCUCCGUUCUUUUCAGUCUGAAUUUUUUUUUUUUUUUGCCCUUUAAAAUUCCUUAUUCAGUCUAAUUAUUGUUUUCUACACUCCCCUUUCAUUGAGGCACAAGAAAUUGGUUUCCCUUUAAGUAGCUCUGCUGUACCUAGUUAAUGAGAAUAUGCAUAAUCAUGACAAUACUGGUUUUGAAAACCACACUGUACGAGGAGGAAUACUAGCUUGGUGAAACCUGUCUUCUGAUUAUUUGUUGUGACACAUUCCUACGUACCAUGAGCUGGGCAUUGUUUUUUUCUGUCCCACGGAAAAGAAAAACCAUACUUAAUCUGAUUUUGCACUGACAGCACACACAUCUUUUAUUUUUCCUUUUUAAAACUUUUUUUUUUUUGUUAGUGAUAAAGAGAAAAAAAAAUAGUUGGGUUGCCUAACAUGAACACCGUAAUCGCACAGUUCAGUAUCAGGAUAUAAAUCAAACUCUAGGUCUUUGGAUCCUCUGUGGAAAUAUUUCUAACCAGAAUUUCAAUUUGGCCUUUUCAAUGAAAGGCUUAGAGCGGUAGCAAGGGAUUUCUCUCAGUAGGAAACCUGAUAUCUCUGAUUCAAAGAGGAGGUGAUAUUUUAAUUGUUUGAAUUAAGCUUCUUCCAAAGUUUGGGUGUGUUUACCCACUUAGGGCUUUCCAAAUCAAUUCUAACACGUUUUGUUACAUGAUCCCCUUUUCCUGCUCACGUUGUAUGUCAUUUCUAAUAAUCGACCGUCCUCCAACCUGGGCAGCUUUCUCUGCCACUGUUCAUUUAGGAGCAGGAAGUUAAAUCUCAUUUCCAGGAUGAAUAUGAACAUUCACAACGUUGAACUUUGAGUGCAUUCUGUUCAUAUUCAUCAUUGGAAUUGUUGCUACGUAUUGUAUUAUACUACCAAAGAAAUACUGAUUUUAGUAAAAAGACAGGGCCACCCUCUGGAACAUUGAGACUCCCUCAGAAUGUGCCAAUUUCCCUCUCUUGCCUUUGCCAAGCCUCUGGCUGUUUUUGCCUGCUAAAAGGGCAGGGCCAUUUGCAGAGGCCUCCUUAGGAUGGCUUGUUUUUGGAGUCACGGGAGCUUGUGCGUGCUUAUACAUUUUUCAAAAGGGCGGUGCACCCAGAAUUUUCAUUGCACCCAGGAUUUUUAAUUCCUCUUGCAGUGCUGACCAGCAGAAGGUGGUGGGGCUACUUUUAGCCUCCAACAUGUGUUUGUAAAUAAAAUUCUCCACUGAAACAUUUUAAAGAACUUUCACCAAUAUCUUUUUAUCAAAGUUGUGCCCUUCACUUGCUUUACUAGCCAUAUCAACUAUAAUCAUCAUCAUCAUAGUUUUAAAAAAAAUGCUCUUUUCUAAACUUGAGUUUUUUCAGUGAUUUCAAAAUGAGGUAUAAAGAUAUCAGACUCAUUUAGCAAAAGCCUGGGACUUGUUUCUCUAAACAUUGUACUAACAUUCAUCUUGUUUUAAAAUUAUUCCUGAAGGAUUUUUUAAAAAAAACUCUGGACAUGAAUUAAAAUUCUUUUUUAUAAGAUAGGUAUUUUUCUGAUAGAUUAGAAAAAAAGGAUAUAAUUGACUUCACUAUAAUUGUCAUAUAUAUUUCCAUAAGUAAAUGGAUUUUGAGGUAUUUUUAUUUUUUGAAUCUUAUUUAAAGCAUUUGUGAUGACAUGUUCAACUUUUGCAUGUAUGUAGCCAUUGAAGUAAAAAUAAAAUAAAAUAAAUAGGAAUGUUAGGCUCA